AUGGGUCGUUAUAUCCCGCAGCAGAACCUCGAGAAUCUUAAGAAAUAUGCCUACAAGGGUGUUGAUAAGUCAUUGCUUUCGGGCUACGUUCUUAAUCCAUUUUGGACUUGGUUCGUCACAUUGUGGCCUUUGAACAUAGCUCCCAACACGAUCACACUUACCGGCCUAUCUAUCAUCUUCCUAAACUUCUUCACGCUCAUCUACUACGACCCAUGCUACCUCACAGAAAAAGACGGCUCACCAGACCAAGGACCACCACAAUGGAUCUACUUCACAUGGGGGUUCAGUUUGUUUGCUUAUCAGACUUUGGAUGCCAUCGAUGGUAAGCAAGCACGAAGAACAGGAAUGGCUGGACCACUUGGGGAGUUGUUUGAUCAUGGUUGUGACGCGCUGAACACGACUCUCGAAGUGAUUCUCGCAUCUCGCGCUCUAGGGCUCGGACGAAGCUGGUGGACAGUAGCAUCUCAAAUUGCCACCCUUGCCAAUUUCUACCUCACAACUUGGGAGGAGUAUCAUACCGGCCAACUGUACUUGGGAUAUUUCUCUGGCCCUGUGGAAGGAAUAUUGAUGAUUGUGGCCAUCUAUAUCAUCAGUGGCUUCUACGGUCCUGGCUUUUGGGAACAGGGAAUUUGGACAUUUACCCGCCUUAACCACGUCCCUCUGAUCAGCAGACUCCCAGAUCUUCCCCUUAACGAGUCAUUUAUGGUCUUCGGUGCUCUGGGGCUCGGAUUCAACAUCAUCACGUCCUACAUGAACGUCCGACGCGCUCUCUCUCUGAAAUCAAAAUCCUCAUCUGCGGGACAUCUAACCCACUCAACUACUCCUCCGCUGCUGCUCCUAUUCCCUUUCCUAUUGACCUCCAUCCUUCAGAUCCUCUGGCUCUCCCACCCCAAAUUCAACAACUCGUAUAUCAUCGACUCCGCCGCCUUCGUGCCGUUCCUCUGCGCGUGGGGUCUCCAGUUCGCACAUAUGGUUGGCCGCAUGAUCUUGGCACACGUUACGAAGGAUAAGUUCCCUGUCUGGGACUGGGUGUGGGUGUGGAGCUUCCUCGGCGGGCUCGACGCCAACCUGCCGUUAUUCGGAAUGUCUCCGAUUAUCCAACGCUCGCAGAAGCACACUACGAUCUUUGUGUGGAUUACCCUUGCCGUCUCGUUUAUCGCGUACGCGCGCUUUGUGACCCUUGUCAUUGGCGAUAUCACGGAGUACUUGGGCGUCGCUUGCUUCAGAGUCCAGCGACGAGAUGCCAAUGGUGUGUGGCGCGAUGCAAAGGAGCAAAUUCAAGGAAACGGAUCAAUUCCAAGCACCCCCAAAGGGAAGAAGGCCUGA